AUGCCCGUCACACUCGAGCGCUUCCCGAUCAACCCGACCGCGUCCGCCGCCCACGCGCAGCUCGUCGUCCUCUUCCCCGACUCCGACCCGGGCUUCAUCGAGCAGUGCAUCUCGCACUGGCUCGCCCUCCCGCCGCCUGCAUCCGCCUCGACAGGCUCGAGCACCACCUACCGCCGCGCGACUAGCUGGACCACCCAGGCCCUUGUCGAGCGCGUCACCAACAAGCUCCUCGAGAUCCGGCCCGAGGGCGAGUGGCCCCGAGCGGCGCCGCCGGUGCGGGGCAGGGCCAGCGGCGAUGUGCAGAGCAUCGCGAGCAGCUCGCAGGUGCGCCGGGCGUUCGGGCGUACGGCCACCGGGCGAGGCGAGGCCGGCUCGUCCUCGGCGGCCUCGAGACGGCGCGUGAGCGAGGGCAGGAGGGAGGACGUUGCGCUUGCGAGGAACCUGGCCCUGACGCGCCUCCACGCCAUGUUCCCGCUCGUACCCGUCGUCGACCUGCGCGACCUCGUCCUCGCCCAGCCUCACUCGGCCCUUUUCGAGUGCGCCGACGUCCUCGCACGGCGCUCGAACAUGCCGCUCAAGCGCGACCCGUCGACCGCCCUCGGUGCCGACCUCCUCGAAGCCGCCGCGGCCGCCUUCUCGCGCCUGUUCGGCGCCGUCGACCCUCACGCGCACUCUCGUCCUCGCUCGAGCCGCACCAAGAAGGGCAAGGAGCGCGCUCGGCCCUCAAUCGAGCACAGCGACCCGGUCCUCACCCCGGCCGACCUGUUCCACUCGCCCGCGCACGACGCCGCCCUCGUCGCCCACUUUGGCGCCCUCUUCCCCGCGCUCGCGCCACUCUCGAGCGCGCCCAUCGAGCGCGUCGUGCGCCGUGAGGGCGGCAGCUACGCGAGCAUGCGCGAGCGGCUCGAGCGCGCGGCGGCCGACGCAGAGGACGAGCGCGACCGGCCCUGGUGGAGCCGGUGGAUCGGCGGGCCCUCCAGCUCCGCGCGAGAGGCGAGCACGACGGCAACGGGCGGGUCGUCGGGCCGGCGGCGAGGGCUCGGGAGGACGAGCACGCGCGAGACGAUCGAGGCGCACCCGCUCAUCCGGCGCGAGGUCGAAGCGUUCGAGCGGGCGCAGCGAGGGCCGCCGUCGGCGCCCGUACACACGCCGCACGUCGAGACGGCACCUGCGCUUGACAGCGUCCCGCUCGUCGAGUGCCAGUGCUGCUUCGCGGCCGUUCUCUUCUCGCCGACGCAGCUCGCCUGCUGCUCCGACAUCGACGCGCCCGCCGACCUCCCCUCUUCUCCGCCCAGCCCGUCAGCCCCGCCGCACCUCUUCUGCCGCGACUGCGUCCUCGCCUACGCCCGCACGUUCACGUUUGGCGGCGCCGCGUCCCUGCCGUCGGUCGCGCUCGAGCGAUCGGCCCUCCCGUGCAUCUCGGCGGCGGGCUCGGCGCCGUGCGGUCGCGUCUUCCGUCACGCCGAGCUCGUCAAGGCGCUCGACGCCCCGACGCUCGCCGCCCUCUCGAGCCAGAUCACGUCAGCGACGCUCGAGCGCCUCGCCCUCCCCUCCUCGUCGUCGGGCGCGGCAGCAGGCGUUCGGCUCCUGCGUUGCCCAUUCUGCCAGUACGCCGAGCUCGCCGACCCUGUUCCCGGUACACUCGCCCGCACCUUCCUCCCCGCCUGGGUCGCCGAGCCCUUCCCGCCGUACCCUUCUCAAAUCCUCCACACCCUCCUCGGCGCCCUUGCCCUUCUCUUCCUCCUACUUCUCGCCGCCCUUCUCGCCCUCGUCUCUCCCGCACGACGCCUCGAGCGCGCCUACGCCGCGCUGCACCCGCCCGACGUCAGCGCCGCCCAGGAGCAGCAGCAGCCGUCCCUCCUCACCCUCCCCGAGCGGCUCCUCCUCGCCCCGCACCAUCUCCCUGCUUUGUCUGUCGCCUACGUGCGCCGGGUCGUUGAGCGGGUCCUGCGGGACAAGGAGGGCGACGUGCGGCGCGUGUUCCGCUGCAGGAACGACGGUGCAGCGCUCGGGCCGGGCGAUGGGCGACGAGGGCAGGCGUGGCUCGCCCGGCUCCAGGCGGUGCAGGAGCUCGAGUGGGGCGACGAGCAGGAGGGUGUGUCGUACGAGGAGGGCGAGGUCGAGGAGCGGCGCCGGGCCGCGCUCGUGCGCUUCCUGUGGGGCCCGAGCGCGCUCGACGACGCCGUGCAGGGCGGCGCCCGCGCACCCGACGAGCCGUCGGUGUGCGGCAAGCUCUCGUGCCUGCUCUGCAGUGCGGCCGUCAACCCGUCGGCGCCGUCGCUCCACGCCUGUCGCGCGUCGUCGUCGUCGUCAUCGGACGCAGCAGCAUCGGGCGCCGAGCCGGCGAGCGAGCAGGAGCAGGCCGAGGAGAGUUUGCGGCUCGCCGUCGAGCGCGCCAUGAGCGACGCCGUCAAGCGCGACUGUGGGCGGUGCGGCGCGGCGCUGCAGAAGGAGACGGGCAACGGGGCCUGCAACAAGGUCGUGUGCCGCUGCGGCUUCAUCUACUGCCACGCGUGCCGGCGCGAGAUCCCUUCCUGGCAAGGCUACGGCCACUUUUGCCCGCACCCUCGCGACCCGACUCGUGUGCGCCGUGAGGGCGACAAGGCGUGCGACGAGUGCGACAAGUGCAGCCUGUGGGACGAGCCGGACGAGGUCGAGCGCGUCAAGGAGGCGGUCGAGCGAGCCCGCGUCGUGUGGGCGGCCGAGCACCCGGCGUGGGCCAAGAAGGUCGACCUCGAGGCGCCCGUCGCGUUUCAGCCCGACGCGCAGGAGGUACCUGUCUACGAGUGGCUCGCCGACGGGUACGAUGCUCUCGUCGAGGGCGUCGUGCGCUCGCUCGUGGCCUGA